UUGUUCCCCCCCCCCCCCCCCCCCCACACUUUUCCCCUCCGCGAGGUCUCGCGGGAUCGGGCGGGCGGUGGGGCGGAGGCGCUCUCGCGAGAGGCGGGCAGGUCUCGCGAGAGUUGGCGGGUCGCCCCCCCUUGGACGCGGAGCCGUUUCGCUUUGGGAAGUGAGCGGGGGGCGGCGGCGGGCCGGGGGGUGCGGGCGGCGGCGGAGCCCCCUGGGCCCUUCCGCCUGAGGGACCGGCGAGGCGGGGCCCGGGACGCCCGGUGCUGAGGGAACGGGGAGGGAUCGCGGGCCCAGGCCCCGCCUUCCCGGGGCGCCCCCGCGGCGGCGCUGCCCUCCGGGCCUGGGCCCCUCGGAUGAGGCGGUGAGGCCGGUGCCCUUUCCCCUCCCCUCCCGGUUCCUGCCACCCCCCGCUUCCGCCUCCUCCGGGGCCUCCAGGCGCCGCGGGGCCGCGCUCCCUGCCCCGCUCCCCAUGUAGGAGGGGGUGUUGGCGGCAGGGAGGGCUGAGGCCGGGGUGAAUGGUGCGAGGAGCGGGGCGCUGAGGAAGUUUGAAGUUUGGGGGUUUUGGAGGAUUGCCCCCCUCCCCUCUCUCGAGCACAGUGGAGGAGGAAUGCCAAAUCCGGAGAGACAUGGGGGCAAGAAGGAUGGGGGCGGCGGGGGGUCCUUGCAGCACGCGCCUGGCAGCGGGAGUUCGAACAGCAAGGAGAGGCACCGGCUGGCCUCCAGGCACAAGAGGCAUAAGUCCAGGCACUCCAAGGAGUCGCCGCUGGCAGCCCAGGAGACGGCGGCACCCUUGGGCGCGAUGAUCAAGCCGCUGGUGGAGUAUGAUGACAUCAGUUCGGAUUCGGAUACCUUCUCGGAUGAUGUGGCCCUCAAGCUGGACAGGAGGGAGAACGAGGAGAGGAAAGCGGACAGGAGCGAGAGGAUACAGAAGCACCGGCACCACCAGCACAAACGCAUUCGUGAGCUGAUGAAGAGCAAACAGGCGGAAAAAGAGAGGAAGUUAGAAAAGAGCCUGGAGGCAUCCAGCAGGUCCGGGUCCGCCAAGGAGAGAAUAUCGGGAUCCUCCAAGAGACUCCUCGAAAGCGAGGAGCACCCCAAGUCGCUGUCCUCAAAGAGUAGCAACAAGGAGUCCCGGUCGGCCAAAGCGCACAAGGAGAAAUCCAGGAAGGAUCGGGAGCUCAAGUCCAGCCACAAAGAGCGCAGUAAAAGCCAUCGGAAAAGGGAUGCUCCAAAAAGUUACAAAACAAUUGACAGUCCGAAGCGGAAAUCCAGAAGUCCUCACAGAAAAUGGUCUGACAGCCCUAAAUUGGACGACAGCCCCUCAGGAGCCUCCUACAUCCAGGAGUACGACCUCAGCCCUCCCCGCUCUCACACAUCCAGUAACUAUGAUCCCUACAGGAAGAGCCCCGGCGGCUCCUCACGCCGGCAGUCCAUCAGCCCACCCUACAAGGAGCCCGUGGCUUACCAGUCGAACACGCGCUCGCCCAGCCCUUACAGCCGGCGGCAGAGGUCCAUAAGCCCCUAUAACAGGAGGCGCUCCUCAAGCUACGAGAGAGGCAGCGGCUCGUACAGCGGGAGGUCGCCGAGCCCUUACGGCCGACGGCGCUCGAGCAGCCCUUUCGCCACGAAGCGGUCUGUGAGCCGAAGCCCCAUCGCCAGGAAGUCUGUGAAGUCCCGAAGCCGAAGUCCUGGGUAUUCAAGACACUCGUCAUCUCACAGUAAAAAGCAGAGGUCUGGGUCACGCAGUCGCCAUUCCAGUAUAUCACCGACAAGGCUACCACUGAACUCCAGUCUGGGGGCAGAACUCAGCAGGAAGAAAAAGGAGCGAGCGGCAGCGGCAGCAGCUGCAGCCAAGGUGGAUGGGAAGGAGGCAAAGGGCUCGCCUGUUUUCCUGUCUCGAAAGGAGAACAGCUUAGCUGAACUUAAGGAGUCUGGAACAGAAUCUAAAAAGGCCAUCAAAACUGUUAAAUCUGAAAAAUCAUCUUCAGAUACCGAAUUAGUUAAUUUACUGUAUACGAAUGCAGAGACUAAAGCCCCUGCAGAGACAACAAAAAUCAAGGCAGAGGAGAACUCUGAGAGGAAACAUCCUGUUCCAGUUAGAGAUUCAAAACAGACGGGAACAAAAGACUUGAAGCCUGUAGCAGUGGUAGAGGACCUCCUAUCUCCAAAAGAGACAGACACAGCAGAGAAGGAGAUUCCACCCCCACUACCCUCAAUAAAAUCACCUCCUCCACCUCUGCCGACAACCACACCACCACCUCCAACUCCACCGUUGCCGCCUUUGCCUCCGUCACCUGCUGUUCCACCUUUGCCACCAUCCCAACUGACUCCCGUUCAGGUCCCUACUUCAGCCCCAACGUCUUUGCCAUCUUCUUCCCACCCAAGGACGUCUACUUUAUCCUCUCAGGUGAACUCUCAGUCCUCUGUCCAAGUCGCUACAAAAACACAAGUGUCUGUGACGGCUGCUAUCCCACACCUGAAAACUUCAACGUUGCCUCCGCUUCCGCUCCCCCCUAUUUUAGUUGGGGAAGAUGACUUGGAUAGUCCAAAAGAGAUUCUUCCUCCAAAACCUGUGAAGAAAGAUAGAGAGCAGAGACCACGACACUUACUCACGGACCUCCCGCUCCCUCCAGAGCUCCCUGGAGGGGACCCGUCUCCUCCCGACUCCCCGGAACCAAAGGCAGCCACACCACCUCAGCAACCGUUCAAAAAGAGACCAAAAAUCUGUUGUCCUCGGUAUGGGGAAAGGAGGCAGACGGAGAGCGACUGGGGGAAGCGUUGCGUGGACAAGUUUGAUAUCAUUGGGAUUAUUGGAGAAGGGACAUAUGGGCAGGUGUACAAAGCCAAGGACAAAGAUACAGGUGAACUGGUGGCUCUCAAGAAGGUGCGACUGGACAACGAAAAAGAGGGCUUCCCCAUCACGGCCAUCCGCGAGAUCAAAAUCCUUCGGCAGCUGAUCCACCGCAGUGUUGUUAACAUGAAGGAAAUUGUCACGGACAAACAAGAUGCACUGGAUUUCAAGAAGGACAAAGGUGCCUUUUACCUUGUGUUUGAGUACAUGGACCAUGACCUAAUGGGGCUGCUAGAAUCUGGCUUGGUACAUUUCUCAGAGGACCAUAUCAAGUCUUUCAUGAAACAGUUAAUGGAGGGUCUGGAUUAUUGUCACAAAAAGAAUUUCCUUCAUAGAGAUAUUAAGUGCUCCAACAUCUUACUGAACAACAGUGGGCAAAUCAAACUUGCAGAUUUUGGACUCGCCCGACUCUACAGCUCAGAGGAGAGCCGUCCAUACACAAAUAAAGUCAUUACAUUGUGGUAUCGACCUCCAGAAUUGCUGCUAGGUGAGGAGCGUUACACACCAGCCAUAGACGUGUGGAGCUGUGGCUGUAUCCUCGGGGAACUGUUUACAAAGAAGCCUAUUUUUCAAGCCAAUCUGGAACUGGCUCAGCUUGAAUUAAUCAGCCGGCUCUGUGGGAGCCCCUGUCCAGCGGUGUGGCCGGAUGUCAUCAAGUUGCCCUACUUCAACACUAUGAAACCGAAGAAGCAAUACCGAAGGCGCCUGCGUGAGGAGUUCUCCUUCAUUCCUUCGUCUGCUCUCGACCUGCUGGACCACAUGCUGACGCUAGACCCUGGCAAGCGCUGCACAGCAGAACAGGCUUUGCAGAGUGACUUCCUUAAGGAUGUUGAUCUCAGCAAAAUGGCACCUCCAGACCUUCCUCACUGGCAGGAUUGCCACGAGCUGUGGAGCAAGAAACGCCGACGGCAGCGGCAAAGCGGGAUUGCAGUGGAGGAGCCACCGUUAUCAAAAGUUUCUCGGAAAGAAACUACCUCUGUUACAAGCACAGACCCUGUCAAAAACAACAGCAGUCCUGUGCACCCACAGCCUGCCCAGCUCAAAACAGAGUCUGGUGCUGGAGAUGCAGUAGGCCUUGGAGAAAUCACCCAGCAGCUGAAUCAGAGCGAGCUAGCUGUUCUACUGAACUUGCUGCAGAGCCAGACUGAUCUGAGCGUCCCACAGAUGGCCCAGCUGUUGAACGUGCACUCCAACCCAGAGAUGCAGCAGCAGCUGGAGGCUCUCAACCAGUCCAUCAACGCGCUGACAGAAGCCACCACGCAGCAGCACGAGUCUCAGGCGGCAGCGGCGGCGGAGGAAGCUGUGGAAGAGCCACCCACGGAGACCCAGCUACCGGAGGAGCAGGCGACUCCAGAAACAGCCAGCGCUCAGGGAGAUAUGCAGAACGUGCUGGCCGUUCUGCUGAGUCAGCUGAUGAAGAGCCAGGAGCCCGUUAUAACCCUGGAGGAGAGCAACGGGGAGAAGAGCGGUGAGCAGCGGGGGCCAAGGAAAACCCCUACAGUGCACCCGGAGGAAAGUACAGCAUGUCCUCCUCGCAUUCUCCCACCAGAGAAGAGACCCCCCGAGCCCCCCGGACCGCCGCCGCCGCCGCCCCUCUCCGAAGGCGAUCUCUCCAGCGCAGCCCAAGAGUUGAACCCGGCCGUGACGGCCGCGCUGCUGCAGCUCUUUUCCCAGCAAGAGACGGAGCCGCUCGGCCACCCGACGCACGAACACCACCAGCCCUCGAGAGCCGCGGACUACGGCAGGUCCCACUCCUCCAGGACUUACAGCGCCGAGGGCUCCGAGGGGGGAUUUGGUGCCGAGGAGCUGAAUUCAGGCCAGACUCUGCUAGAACCCUCUGCCCAGCCUCUGGGGAAAAGCAGGACCUUCUUGGGCUCCGUGAGCCACCUCGGGGAGACGAGCAGUUACCAGGGCACGGGAUCUGUCCAGUUUCCAGGGGACCAGGACCUCCGCUUCGCCCGAGUCCCCGUCACCGUCCACUCGGUCGGGCAAUCUUUCACGAAAGCCGAGGGGAGCAACAACACGCUGGUACAUCCGGAGGCCAAAAUUCAAAAUUACGGCGAGCUGGGACCGGGGACGGCCGGUUCCAGCGGGGCAGGAACAGGUCCCAGCUGGGGUGCCCCGACCCAGGCGGCUCCCUCGUACGGGAAGGCGUACCGUGGGGCUGGCAGAGUGCCUCCGCGGGGCGGCCGGGGCCGAGGGGUUCCCUACUGAGCUGCGAGGUGUCCCCCCUCCCUCACCUCUCCCCCCCUUUAGUGACAUGACUUUAAUUAUUUUGGGGGGGGGUGGUAAUUUUUCUUUUUUUCUUUUUUUUUUUUUUUUUUUUUUUUCUUUGCCGGAGCAAGGUCUCGUUUGCAUUUCAGCUGCUGCAAAGCUCCCUGUUUGUAUUCCUUGCUAGGCUGCCGGCGGGGCCCCCCCACUCCCCUCCCCUUCCCAUGACUUACUGUAGGGUCCCCGCUUGGGCGUCUCGCUGGCCAAAACCUCUUGCGCUUGGUUAGUGACCCAACAAAACUGAAAAAAGGAGAAAAAAAAAAAAAAAAAAAAAAGAAAGAAAAAAAACAAGAAAAAAAAAAACAAAAAACAAAAAAAAAAAACACACACCACCGCAAAAGACGGUGAGCUUUCUGCCCUGAGCCAGCAGAGUUGGGGGGGGGGGGGGAAAUUGUUUAAAUAAAUAGGAAUGAAACAAACCCAACCCUGUGGGAAGAAGGAAAUUUAAAAAAAAAAAAAAAAAAAAAAAAAAAAGCUUCACAAGCUGGGCACCGGCGCUUCUCCGUGGGGGAAGCGUGGGGCAAUGUUCAGGUAGGGCUGAGGGAGAGUCUGGUUCCCGAAGCAAUUUUUUUUUUUUUUUGUUUCUUUGUUUGCUUUCCCAAUUUCCUUUAAAAAAAAAAAAAAAAAACUUUAAAUUUGCAGAGGCGCCUGGGCCAGGUCUCCUGGCUGGGGAGACCCAGGGGGUGGCACAGGCUGGUGCUCAGUCCCGCUGGCCCCGGGGCCAGGCCAGCAGCCUUGGCCCACCGGCUUUCCUGGAGGGUCUCCUUGGGCUUUGUAGGUUUUGUACCUCCUGCUAGAACUUUGCAGUAGGAAUCUUUUUUUUUUUUUUUUUUUUCCCUCCUUUUUUUUUUUUUUUUAAGAGCCGAAGAGAACACCUCCCUUGAAAAUACGUAUAUUUCUUUGUAAUUCAUAUCUUCCGAAACACUUAAUUAAAGAAAAAAGGAAAAAAAAAAAAACAAUUUCUGGUGGGGGGUCACCGCCAGGUAGGAGUGUCCUUUGUACCCGCGUUCCCCCCGGGCGGGCGUUGCGUGUCCCGGCCGCGUCGGUCGGGCUCCCCCAGCAGCAUCUCAGUACCUUGAGGCUUACCAGGCGUUAAUGUAUCAUUUCUAUAAGCAUAUAUAUAUUUUUGUUGUUGUCAAGGAAGUAUUUACAAUGAAUUUUCUCCUCCCGCAGAACCUUGCGAUGUUGUCCAUUUCAAUGAGACUUAAACAAAAGAGAUGAAUAAAACAAAGGUACAUA